GUGUUGGAGGCGGUGGUAUUUAUAUAUAGGAAAACGAUCUGUCCAUAUGAUCUCACGACCCUACAAUGCAGCCCCAGGCCCCCCAACAAUUUCUGCCGUGGGAGUCCCAUACUUUGUGUGAGGACAGGACAUGUUCAGAUGGAAAAAUGAAGUGAGUGGGGGCAGACUGAGCUCUAAUCGUGCCCCUGAGCCAGUGGAAGACAAUGCUAGCAGCGACUACAAAGGGAAAUGUAGGAAAUCAAAGCACGUGUCAGCCCCCCUUGUUCAGAAGCACUGGCGGUCAAUGUCACUUAAAACGCUCCCAGGGUGACGUGUGAAUCCCAUUGAGGAAAAGAAGAAUUUCCCAUCUGCAUCGCCUUCAUUUCUGGGGAGUAGAGGCCGGGACCGCUACUGCGCUCAGCCGGUGCCACUCAGACUGACAGUUUGGCGCCUGGCAGUCACAAGCAGCAGUAGCAGUAGCAGCAGCCAUGCAACAAGCAGUGCCAGCGCGCAGGGAGAGCCCAGUCUGGCGGCUAAAGGAAGCGGCACGGCCGAAACCUGGGUACGUGGAGAUUGCCAUACAGGCUGAGAAGAGAGUGAGCGCAGCAACGCCGAAAGUGUCGCAGUCGCUGACCGACCCUGUGCCUGGAGACGGGACCGACAGUAAGCAAGUCGAUGGGAGUAAUCGGGAGGAGAGCAGCCAUGGAGAUCGCCCACGUAGCCAAACACCUGUCCAGCUCCCAGAUGUUGGAGAACAUGAGGAGCAGGCAGAGUACAGCUUGUCUUACCCCUCUUCCCUGGCCGGCACCAGUAACCCCUCGUCGCCAGUCUGCGCCCCCCAAAUCGCCUGUGCCAACGACGAAGCGCACUACAUUACUACCCACGAGAUCCAGCUGUGCGAGGCCGACCAGGAGCCCGACUACCCAGAUUUUGGCUUGGCCCCCUCCUCCGCGUGGAGUCAAGCGGUCGAUAGCGCCCCCUGCGCCUUCCUGGAGUACGCGUCGUUUGACAGCCAAGGGGGCAGCCCGACAGACGAGGACUAUUAUAUGAGCACCACCACCAGCGACCCCAACCCCACGGACAGUGUGUGCAGCGCCGAGCUGAUCAGCAGCAGCAGCCAGUCCGACAGCGACACCUCCCCGAGCAUCUGCAGCAGCACCUUAGACAACAAAGCGCUGAACACUGGGGAGGCUGCUCGCUCCAAAGCCGGGAUCCUCCUAUCAAUCAGAAGUGCAUCCAACACUAUAAAUGAGGGGGGCAAUGUGCAAGGACAGACAAACACCGCCCCUGCCGGCGCCAAGCAUGACACAGACAUGAGCUACUGCGUGUCCUCAGCCCCGGACUGCAAGUCCGCUUUCCGGCAGCUCCAUCAUCAGUUCCCGGCUUUACCCCAGGCGGCCGAUGCGCACCGAUUUGUGGCUGUUCCUGCCCGACUACAGGCUCGUAGCGGCGUCCAUGCUGACAUCUCCAGCGGAGCUUCCAGCGCUGUCAGCGAGUUGGACGAUGCGGACAAGGAGGUGCGAAACCUGACCGCCCGAGCAUUCCGCAGCCUGGCUUAUCCCUACUUCGAGGCGAUUAACUUCAGCUCCAGCGAAUCCACCACCUCCUUGUCCGACCAGAACAUCGGCAUCAACAGCUGGUCCACUUACUUGGACUUCAAGGGGGGCGCUGUAUUGUCCCAGAAGGCAGAGAAGAGCAUCCACCAGCACUCGGCUACUUCUGCCUCCAGCUUCGGCCUCAGCAAAUUCAACAAGAAUGCGCCCAAGGAGCAAGUGUUCGUGCAGGCGAAUAAAUCGCACACCAAGGCGUUUGAGCUGGUGCUCAGCGAGUUGGAGACCAAGGGGGCGAGCGGGGGCAGUGGCUCAUCUCAGCGCAUUCAGUCUGGAUCCAGGGUCGUGACUCUCACUGAGACUCUAAACUUCAGCAGCAACGUGACCACGACGGCUUCUGGGAGUGACAGAGCCAACAAGCCCCCUGAACAGGCUCCAGCCUCAGCUCAAGCGGAUGGGGUUACAGAGUCGCUGCCAAGAGAGCCGGCUGAGCAGGAGGGGAGCAGACAGUCGCACAGUGCUGCAGCAGAAACCAUGGACGGAACGCACAAAUCCAAGUUUGCUUCCAGCCUUCUUAAAAAUGUCAUCUCAAAGAAGAUGCAGCUGGAACAGGAGUUUAAAAUGGAAAGAGGCGAGAUCACUGACACUUCUUAUAAAGGAGUCUGUACUCCCUCCAAAGAGACAGAAGGAGCCCGAGAGAAGGGGAUCCAGAGGCAGAACUCCAGGUUUUCCGAAGCCAGUUCAGAUUUUACCUUGGUCAGCAGCGAAGAACUUGGAGAGUUUUUUGAUUCAAAGUCAGUGACCCCCAAAGACUUGACACCUGCAGAGGGCAAUGUAGCCAAGCAGCUGUCCUCGAUAGACCAUCAGAGGGAAGAAGAGUCGAAGAAAAGUGCCUCAGAAGCGAUGAAAGGCAUGCUCCUCCGCAGCCAAAACAGUGCCUUCAGGUCCUGGAAGGAGAAGGAGAUAGAAAAGAUGGAAAAGAAAAUAGAAGAGAAAGUGGCCAAAGCUCGGAGGAUCAAGAUCCCGUUGGAGAGGGACUGGAGGGCAGAUUUAGGGGAGCUGCCGGGCAGUCAAUCCACUAAAAUGUCCCGCUUGUAUGUGCCAGGCAUCCAGCACACCCCCAAACAGAAUCAGGCAGAGAAGCAAGCUACCAAGUACUCAGUAUCUACCUAUGCCCACCAGAGUUGCUUCAGUCGCAACGAGCAUGAUUUUAAGACGGAGAAAUUGGAGGUGCUGGAGGCGGCUGUUUGUAGGAUGACCCCCAUGCUAACCCCCAAACCCCAGGAGAUUAAACUCAACCUACCACUGUCUGGUGACAACAAGGAGAACCCAUUCAGUAUUGCCAAACUGCUGACUCCAAACCUCGCAUCCACUGCUGCCAAUCUGUCCAAAGCAGCGGAGGAGCUGAAGAGUCAGGUGGCCCCCUGCAGGACUGAGGUGCUGGAGAAGAUGCCCCAGUUCCUGGUGAGGGACGUCAGGGAGAACAAGCCCAAGAGUCAGGGAGCCAUUCACCAGGUCAGAGAUGUCAGAAAGCUGCUUAAGAGCUCCUAUCACCAUGACACUGGGGAGGGCAAUGACAAGGGCAACGGGAUGUCAGGGCACAGCACCCCCGACCCCAAGGCCAAGCUAUCGGUGGCCUCCAAGGUGUCCUCCUCUCUGUCCCCCAUAGUGAUCACCUGCCAGGCCAUGAACAAUAAAGAAAAUGGGGAAGACUCAGCAGACACAAGGGAGGGUGACAAAGCGCUAUCAUCUGCAGACACCAUUUUGGUACACCGGGCAUCAGGCAGGCUCCCUGUGGCCACUAUAGCUCCCAACAAGACUGGUCCCAGGAUGCCUGUAGUGAAGAUUGUCUCCAAGGCAUCCAAGUGGAAGCAGGAGAAGCCUCGAGAGCAGCCAGAAGUGAAAGUCGAGCCACAAACGCCCAAAUCCCGUGCAGCCAUAGAUAAGCUGACUGCAGCAGUGAAGACAAUGGAGCAGCUGUAUGUGUUUGAUAAAAAAGAGUGGAAGCGCAAAGACCAACCAGAGCCUCUCACCGGCAGCCACGUCUUGUCGCUCCUCAGUUGCGAGGAGCCGGAGGUUAAGUCAGAGUCUCAGACAGUGGAUGACAAGCCUGUGGCACCCGAGGAGACUAAGAAGGCAGUACCUCGGCCGUUUGGCCGUGCACCCGAGCCCCUAGUCCGCAGAAACUCCUAUCCCAGCUCAGGCAAGAGCCCUUCUAAGCCCCCGGCGGCAGAGACCAAGGCCCCAAUUAAAACCUUCCAAGUAUCCAAGAUUGGGGAACCCAAAAGUGUGGAGCAGCAGAAAAGCCCAGAUACCGGGAUUGCAGGCAACAAUCGCAGCGUUUUUACAGUUAGUGCCGCAAAAAGACAACAGAGCCUAGAGUCAGCGCUAAACAGCAGGAACGCCCGUCCACAGCCUCCCACUUCCCUGAGAAUCCAGCCUCGCUCCUUACAAGAGGCCUGGAAGAAAGCGGAACCAGAGCCGACUGUUGCCCCACAGCCUCCGCAACCUCGCAAGGCCAGUACAGACUUUGAGAACUACCUCACAAUCCCAGUCAAAGCAGCAAGUGAAGCUGCUGUGGGAAAGCCACCAGUUGCAGCCAUUGUCCGCGACACUUCAACAUCCUCCAGAGAGAAUGCAGCAACUCACAGCCGCGAUCCAGCCUCCAUGUGCAGCCUGCCUCCCUUUAGUGCCAAGAGCCAUCCUGCCAGUCCCAAGAGUCCAAUGAAAACAGUCAGUGACUGGCGCAGCAAGGUCAAAGAGGGGGUCCAGCCCAACAGAACACAUUCUACAGGAGUAGAGCCUCAGUCCCCAGACUCUAUCCCUUUAGCCACUAUCUACCAUCAUGCCAUUCCACCUGUGCCAGUGGCCAUGCCCAGUUCUCAAGCCCCUGUGUUUUAUUCACCACCCUUACCUGCAGCCACCCCAGUUGAGAUCUACCCCCAGCAGACCCAACGCAAAAUGCUGGUGGAUUUAGCCACAGGGCAAUAUUACCUUGUGGAUACCCCUGUGCAGCCAGUUAAAAAGAGACUCUUUGAUCCUGAAACUGGACAGUAUGUGGAAGUCCCGGUGCCAGCACCCCCUGCCACUCCUGUGCCUGUCCACAUGCCACCCCUAGCUCUCAGUCCUGGUGCAUAUGGAGCUGCUUAUAUGUUUUACCCUGGGUUUUUACCCACUGCAACAACUGCUAUGCUACCUGCCACCCCUCUUCAGAGUCAGUUCUCUCACCAGGGUAGUGAGCACAGCUUUGAGGUGCUGGGUGUGGAGACUGCCCAGUCAGGGGAGCUGAACAUGAAUGAAUGCCCCUAUUACCUGGCCACUGGGUCUGCAGCAGCUAAUGCAGUAACUGGACAAGCAGCGAAUAUCAGAAGGGGCUCCCUAGGCUGCCCAGAGAGCAAACAGGUCAUCAGCAUCUUGUCUCAGCCAGGACCCCGGAUUGUGGCCCCUCCAUCUUUCGAUGGCACCACUAUGAGAUUUGUUGUGGAACACAGAUGAAAGCCAAGAAAUUAUUUCUUCUGUGUCGAUGACUAGACAAGUUUUUGUGAAGCACAAGAAGUCGUGAAACUCACACUAAGCUUGAAAUGCAUGGCAGAUGCCUCCUAGUGAAUACUAGUACAUGUCCUUGGUGUGGCCCAAAACACACAGCAGAAAAGUCAACAAAUUCAGCACUUGGACAGCCAUAUGUGUGUGUGAGUUUGGGUUCAUAGAGAUUAGUAUAUUUGACUAAUAUAUGUUACAGCCUUCACAGGCAUGUACUUUUUGUAUUUCUCUUUGCCUCGACUUACUGAAAGUCAAGUGGGAAUAUUGCAAGAAGAAAAACAGUUCUAUGAAUCUUUAUUAGGAAUAUUUGCCUACAAUGGUGUAGGUGCUUUUCACAUGCUGCUUUAGAGUUUGUGAGAAUUUAAACAAGUGACGUAGGUUUGUAUUAGCUUUGGCUGUUCUGGAAGACAGAGACUACAGAGACCUCUUUCUAAGAUAUAAGUAUCUCAGCACAACUUUUGCUGCUAUUUCAAAUAUUAAUUGUAGGCCUUAAUUAUGAUAAUUGUAUAUGGAUUCUCUGCCUUAAUGACACACGUGCCUUUGCAUGCUAAAUAUUCGGGCUCUGUCAUGCUCAAUCUUGCAUAAAAAAAACAAUUGUGUGCAUUUUUGGGUUGUUGAAGACUCACAUUUUAACAUUUACAUUUGUAUGCAAUGAGCAUGGCAGUCAGGUAUUACUUAAAGUGACAAAGUCUCAAGAUAUAUAUUUCUAGAAAUAUAAGUGCCUUAUAAUGUUACAAAAUGCAUAUGUUUGCUAAGUAGUUUGCAGAAGCAGUUGUAUUUAAGUUUUUUUUUUAUUGUUAAUCGAUUUAAGAAAAUAUUAUUUUGUUAGUUACUUCAAGCACUUUGGUUGGUGACUGUCAUUCAGAUAAGAUCCUGUGGAGAAAUCUGCUAAAGAAAUGAAAAUGUAGACUGGUGAUGUCUGUGUAGCCCCCUUACAGAGCUGUUUGUAGGAACAUGAUAUACCUAGCGCAUGCAAUGCAUUUUAGAGGUAUUUAUGUUCCAGCAGGUUUGUCUAACUCAGUAAAGGACUGACAUUUUCAGCCAUCAUCAAGCUUAAGCUGAAUUUUACAAAAGCCUACUUUAUUUACAAAUGGCGAUAACCCUGACUUAAUUGUAAGCGCAAUUUAUUUUGCAAUGUUUAUCUGCUUAUUUGUGAUUCAUAUUUGUUCAAACUGACAUACUGCUCUGGAAGUAUAAAAAGUAUUGCUGAUAAAAAAGAAUGUUUGAUGUUACCAAGCAAUACCAUUAAAAUGAAGUACUACUCAGGAACCAUCAUUGUUAUAAUAGAAAUCGUAGAAUUUCUAAAGUUCAUGAUUUUUCAAUAUUUUCCCUUGGGAUAGUAAAUCUCUGAUUUCUUUUUAACCCACUGUUUGGUUCAUAUGUAAUAAAAGGUACAGAGAUUACCCAGGUGCAGUAAUGCAUAGCAAACAAUAAGAUGCUUGAUUUGAAACAGGUGAUCAAUAAAUGCUACCUGCUGAUUGGAAGCUCUAUUUGAAUAGACCUGUAGCAGACAUUGCACCUUUUAUUACAUAAUCCAUUUAAGCUCAAUGUGGUAAAGAAAAAUGCUCAUUUCAUACAGUCUCAGUUAAUGUGCAAUAAUGUUAAGGGUCACAAAACUGUGGACAUUAGAUGACUAUGCAUUAAGAUCUUGGUACUAGUCAAUGGUGAAAAGGUUCCCUGCCAGGCAAAUCUUGCUUCCCACUCUUGUACAUCAAGUACUGCUUGCCAGUGCAUUAUUCAAAAUACAUUUCUGCAUUGCAUAUUGAAGAUAAUUGAAAGCACUUGCUGCUACAAAGGAGGGAAUAGGUGUGAUUUGCUACAGUCUUUUUCACUCUGCACCAUGCCACCCUUUGCAAAUGAGCCCUAAAAGAAAAACCGUAAUACCUUUAGCUAGUUAGUAUCAAUGCAUAGGGGUGCUGUAUUAUUUUCCCCACAUAGCGUUCUGUAUCCUAAAUUAUGCCCCACUUCUAUCUCCCCAACUUACUCUCCCAACAUAUUUUUCAGUAUUAUAAGGUAUUAUAAAGUUACAUGGUUCUUUCUGAAAUUAUUUGACCCUGGUAUGAUUUCAGUCUGUAGCAAUACUAGCACAGUGCUUAACAUUAAUAAACAUUACUUUAGUAUGACCCCUUCCAUAUAACUCUU